UCUCAACAGACAUUCAUUGCGCGGUUGUUUCCUCAGACUGUUUUAGUAGGCUAAUGUUUGUGAACCAACUGAUGGCUGUGUAAGACAUCUACCGUCCCCAUGUGCAUCUGCUAAGGGAAAUUAAAGGGCGUGAAAUAAUUUCACUUCAAUUUAACAUCAAGUAGCUUCUGUGACCUCGAGGAAGUAUUUAAACGUUACUGCUUAAAGCAGGCUAUCGGCUAAAUACUUGUGGAACACUGAGGAAAUGUCGCAGUUGAACGGUGUGAAAAAAGAGGCUCUGGAAGUCUCCCUUCCUGACACAGACUCUGAUUUGGCCGAACAGAAGGAGUGUCUCAAGGUGAAACUCAGAUGGACACGCGAGGAGGAUGAGACCCUUAAAAUGUUGGUUGAGAACUUUGGCCAACAAGACUGGAAGACCAUUGCCAGCUUUUUACCGGGACGCACUGAGUUCCAUUGUCAGCACCACUUCAAGAGGGUGCUCGACCCUGAGCUGAUCAAAGGAGGCUGGACCAAAGAAGAGGAUGCGAUGUUGUCGAAUUUGGUCCAGAUGUAUGGGACGAAGAAGUGGGCGGUGAUUGGCAGGCACCUUAAGGGUAGACACGGCAAGCAAUGUCGUGAGCGGUGGCACAAUCACCUUGACCCUGGCGUGAAGAAGACCUCCUGGACCACAGAGGAAGACAUUGCCAUCCAAAAAGCCCACCAUGUGCUCGGAAACCGCUGGGCUGAGAUUGCAAAACUUCUUCCUGGAAGGACAGACAAUGCUAUUAAAAACCGCUGGAAUUCUACUAUUAAGCGGAAACUGGACCUCGCUGCUUAUGAUCGGGACGACGGCGGUUCAUUUAAUGCUCUGGAAAUGGGAGAGGUUGAUUUCCACUGCGAUGUUGUUCUUGAUGGAGAACCAGCAUCUGACGAAGACGAGGAUAUGAUGAGGAUUGCCCAGGCAGAACCCCUGAAGUACAAAGUGGUCAGGAACCCUAAAACCCCAGAGCCCACUACCAAACUGAAAGCUGAUGUUUCACCAUCCGUGCUUUUUAAGAAAGGCAACAAGAGCCCCACAAAUGCCAGUGGUCAGCCUGGCCACAGCACCAGCAAGCAGCCCGCCCGACAGAAGAACAUCACUGAGGCCCUUCUGCGGAUGAUCGCCAAAGACAUGCUCCCGCUGAGCUUCGUGGAAGGCUCGGGCUUCCGGAGCUUCAUGACAGCGAUCGCGCCUCAGUACUCCAGACCCUCCCAGCGCACCAUCGGGCUGAAGCUGUACGACAGCGUGGAGAAGCUCAUCAAGCCGCAGCUGAUCCGCAAGCUGAAGAGCUGCGUCGCCACAACCGCUGACAAUGUCGUCAUUCACACGACGCUCGACCUGUGGUCCAGCCAGGGCAUCGAUCAGGUCAUCGCCGUGCAGCUGCAUUUUGUUGACGAUGACUGGAACAUCCAGCGCCCCCUGGUGGCGCUCCGACACCUGAGCCAUAAGAACCUGCCGGCGGCAGUCGCUCGAGAGCUGGAAGCUGUGUUGCUAAGUUACGGCCUCUUUCCCGAGAACGUUGGUUACAUCCUCCUGAACGAGGCGAAGAGCACCAUAGCUCUCUGCGAUCUGUUCUGCAACUACAAAAUCAUGUGCUGCCCCCAGAGGAAUGACCCGGACGAAGAGGAGCUGGUGGCCUUUCUGGGUGACGUCCCCUCCUCCUGCAACAACUUCUUCGAAAUCCCGUACGGCACUCAGUCGAGCUGCAUCGCUAACGAGCUGAACUCCGUGAUCAAGGAGGCCCUGAAGAACUCCAGGGUCGUGGAGAACCUGCUCCUGCAGGUGCACAACGUGGUGGCGUUCUUCCGCGGCAGCGCCUACUGGAACGAGGUGCUGGGCAAGGAGUGCGGCCUCUCGCUCGCCACGCCGUACAGCCACAGCAACUAUCGCUGGAACUCCAUGUUCGCGUCCGUCCACAGGAUGACGCAGGAGAGCGCCUGGGAGACGGUGGGGUCUGUGCUGGGACAGGCGCGCGGCGAGGCCAAGGACUCGUCCACCUCCCCUCCGCAGCUGAGGGCCAGAAGAGAGCAGGUGCUGGACAUCAUGGGCCUGCUGGAGCUCUUUGAGGAGGCCAUCCAGGUGCUCCAGGGAGACGGGGUGACCUUCCCCCUCAUCAUCCCCUCCCUCAUCGGCCUGAAUAAAACAUUGGAGACCAGGUCUACGAACUACAGUCACUUCUGCAAAGAGCUACGUUCUGGUUUGCACACACACUUUCAGCACCUGAUAAGGCAGAAGGACCUAAUUCUGGCCACCGUUUUGGAUCCUCGCAUCAAACUUCAGCCCUUUGGCGAUGCGAAGUUGGAGGGGGAAGACGCAACUCUAACGGCACCCUCUAAAGCUCGAGUUCGAAGCCUAGUGGAAUCGGAGAUCAGUGAACUGGACACGUGCAACAUAAAGAUGGAGCAAGAUGUGAAACGUGAAGCCGAUGACCAAGACCAUGAGGCGACCAGCUCAGAGAACGGUAACAUCAAGCGCAAGAAGAUAUUCAGUUUUUUGCAGCCUGCUGCCAAGACCAUGAAGGUGUCCGAGCUCGACAUGUACCUUUCUGAACCCUUGCUAGAUGGUGACGCAUCCACCCUGGCUUUUUGGAGGGAGGCCACUCGUUUCCCACAGCUCCAAAACAUUUCCCGCAAAUUCCUGGCCAUUCCAGCAACCUCUGGGGGAUUCGAUCGUCUGUUCCCCAUGGCGUCUUGUAUCGUGCGGGCCAGGAGGAGUAGGCUACCGGCCCACACCACAGAGAGGCUGCUGUUGUACAGAGAGUCCCUUAAGCCAAAAAAUGCCAUAGCGUAGAGAAAGAGAGUGUGUAAUAACACAAAACCUAAAUAGAAAAAUACCUCAAAUGACCUGAAUGAAUGAAUUAACUAUCACAACUGUCUUGUAUUUAUCAUUUGAAUCAUGUUUGUGUAAUCAUUGUUUCAUUAGCCGUUCCCUAUUACCAGUUUCCGUGCUCAGAAAUAAGCUAAGUGAGCUGCCAGUGAAGUCCUAGUUUCACACUCUUGCACCAGGACAUGGAAUGGAUCCUUUUCUGUUUCCAGUUGAUGAAUUAAUAAUAAAUGAUGAGUCUGUGUCAAAGACAUAUUAACCUACUAUAUUGAAUAACUGGACCAUUACUGCUGAACCAACUCGAUGGUCUUGUAAUGCUUCUUCAUGAAGCGUUGUCCAUUGGACUACCUCCAGCAAUCCUGAUUUCCACAGUGGCACGGUGCCCUGAAAGGACACUGGACAUUUUUCUUUUUGUUGAAAAUGAAAAUAUGUACAAAUCUACAGUUAUAUGAAAUGCAUUUUGUUAACACAAUGGCUGUAAUGCUCAUUUUGAUUUAUAAGGUCUCAUAUUCUCAUUUAUUUUUAUACUUACCGUUUUUGAAAAAUAUUUUUGUAGGCAGAAUAAAUGAUCUGCAUUUAA